AUGUUAGUUGUUGUUGUUGUUGUUGUUCUUCUUCUUCUUCUUCUUCUUCUUCUUCUUCUUCUUCUUCUUCUUCUUCCUCUUUUUUUCUUUCCUUCUUCUUCUACUACUUCUUUCCCUCUUUUCUUCUUCUUUCCCUCUUCUUCGUCAUCUUUUUCUUCUUUCCCUCUUCUCCUUCUUCUACUUCUUAUUUUCCUCUUCUUUUUCUUCUUUCACUCUUCUUCCUUCCCUCUUCUUCAGCUUUUACUACUUCUUUCCUCUUUCCCUGUUCUUCUUCUUUCCCCCGUUCUUCUUCUUCUUUUCCUCUUUUUCUUCUUCUACUUCUUUUCUUUUUCUUCUGUCGCUGCUUCUUCUUCUUCUUUAACUUCUUUCCUUCUUCUUCUUUUUUCCUCUUCUUCUCCUUCUUCUCUCCCUCGUCUUCUUCCUUCCCUCUUCUUUCAGCAUCUACUUCUUCUUUCCUCUUUCCUUGUUCUUCAUCUUCUUUGCCUCAUUUUUUUUACUUCUUCUUCUACUUCUUUUCUUUUCUUCUGCUUCUUCUUCUUCUUUAACUUCUUUCCUUCUCCUUCUUCUUUUUCCUCUUCUUCUUCUUCUCCUCUCCCUCCUCUUCUUCCUUCCCUCUUCUUCAGCUUCUACUUCUUCUUUCCUUUUUCCCUGUUCUUCUUCUUUCCCUCUGUUUUUCUUCUUUCCCUCUUUUUCUUCUUUUUCAUCUUCUACUUCUUUUCCUUUUCUUCUGCUACUUCUUCUUCUUCUUUAACUUCAUUCCUUCUUCUUCUUCUUUUUCCUCUUCUUCUCCUUCUUCUCUCCCUCGUCUUCUUCCUUCCCUCUUCUUCAGCUUCUACUUCUUCUUUCUUUUUUCCCCGUUCUUUUUUUCCCUUGUUCUUCUUCUUUCCCUCUUUUCUUCUUCUUCUUCUUCUUCUUCUUCUUCUUCUACAUCUUUUCCUUUUCUUCUGCUACUUCUUCUUCUUCUUCUUCUUCUUCUCUCCCUCUUCUUCUUCUUCUAUAGUUUUAUAA